GAAUUCACAAGUCAACAGUUAUGGGAGUUUGACCGUUUGGUUUCCAGCUUCAUCGUUGUUUAAUGUGCUUUCAACUGAACUUUUUGUCAACAUUCCAAACUUUUUUUACUGGAAAAGAAUACUGAAACAGUAAAUGGAACAAGUUCAGAGCUAAUAUGUUUUCACACACACAACAAACACCGUAAUGAUUCUUUCUUUUCUUUGUUUUUGCAUGUUUGUGAGGUCAUCUUCUUCUAUAUUAAUAAAAAAGUAUAGGUUUCUUUUUCUUAAUCUAUAAUAUAAUUGUGUAACAAGAAAACAACUUCGAAUAGUUUAUUGAAAGAAACUUUGGGUAGACACAUCUGUUCAUGGAUCCCAAGGAGGUAUCAAACUUCUCGAGCCACCCAAAUCCCAACAAUAACAAUAUCAGUAACAACAACGACUUGCAGAUUGGAAUUGCAGAAAAAGAUGAAGCUAAGAAGCAACAGUUGGCUCCAAAAAGAAGUUCCAAUAAAGAUAGGCACACUAAAGUUGAAGGAAGAGGAAGAAGGAUUCGCAUGCCUGCUCUUUGUGCUGCUAGGAUUUUCCAACUGACACGUGAAUUGGGUCAUAAAUCUGAUGGAGAAACAAUCCAGUGGCUGUUGCAGCAAGCGGAGCCAUCCAUAAUUGCUGCAACAGGUAAUGGAACAAUUCCAGCCUCAGCUUUAGCCGCGGCUGGACCCUCUGUUUCGCAACAGGGGAUCUCUGAAUUUAAUAGUAGGAGCAGUUGGCCUAUGGUUAUUGGAAAUUUUGGAAGACCCCCAUCUGGUCCUGACGUAAGUAAUUCUGGCCAUAAUUUGGGGACUGGAAGUGCUUCAAAUUGUCUGCAAAAGAUUAGCUUCCCUGGGUUUGACCCCAAUUUGAACCCUAUGAGUUUUGCAUCUAUGUUGGGAGCAACUAACCCCCAGCAGUUACCUGGAUUGGAGCUUGGAUUAUCACAAGAGGGUCAUAUUGGGGUUAUGAAUUCUCAGUCUUUGAACCAGAUUUACCAGCAGAUGGGGCAUUCAAGAAUGCAACACCAUUCACAGCAGCAGCAACAAAAUCAGCAUCAGCAACCUUCUCCUGAGGAUGAUAAUUCUCAAGGACCAGGACAGUAAAGCUUUCACAUACAUAUUCCAAUUUGGGGGUGCAUAAAGUGAAAUUGGAGUUUUCUGAGCUAGGUUUUUGGUGAAUGGUUUUAUCUUUAGUUGUUUUCUUAUAUAUUUCAAAAAAUCUUUUUUAGAUCUUAGCGGAGUGCUUAUAUCUUGUUUGUUGAAUAAACAUAGAAAUCAUAUAUCCAGAAGCAAUUUUCUCAAUUUUGUAACUGAUAGAUUCAUGUUUAUCUGUCAAUGCAAGAAUGGGAUUUCCGGCACAGAAUUAAAUAGCUGGUUGCCCGGAUGAAUUCAGACCCUCAAUAAAUGGAUAGCUCCACCAAUGAGCUACCAGAAAGUCAAUGUAGAUGGAGAUGCAAUAAAAUAUGAGGCGAAAAUUAUGGCAUCACUUGCAGGAAAAAUAAUCAACUGAAGAGGUCUGGGACUCAAUCUAACUGUCUACAGUUGCUAGCCAAACUAGCUUUCUAUAGAAGAUCUAACCUUCAACGGAAAGUUCCAUCCUUUAUUUAGUUCAAUGUUCUUGAAAAGUUGCUGCAGAAUUGACACUUCUACCUUCAGUGAAAAAGGUCAGUGCUUUGCCGGGCUUCUUAUUCAUUGAAGUCAUCAGGCAGUUAAUUCAUCCAAUCAUGAUUGUGACGAUGUCUGACGCCUUACAACAAGAUUACAUACUAGCAGGGGCAUUUCUAUUGCAGUUGCGAUCUCAAGGAUGAGAAGUCAUACAUAUAUGCUGGUCCUUGCAGCUUCCUAUGGUAACAGAAAAAAAGAUGUAAAAGAAAUCUAGUGGUCUUAUGGAUGAUGUCUUUCACAAGUGUGGCAAAUUUCCCAUCAUCUCUAGCCUUGUUCCCGUUGAAAAGUACUUUCUAGUACUAUGGCUGCUACGGUUCUGAAGACUCAAAUUGAUCUUAAACACUGUUAGUAUUUUGCAAAUAUAGCCAAGGGGCUCCCUGUAUAUAUAUGAUAUAAGUGCAUAUACAGAUAGGCUUUGUACAAUGUGUAGUCUGAAAAGACAAAAAGAACAAACUGUAAUGUAAUAUAUGCAAGAAAGUAUGAUCAACAGCAGAAUCAGUUGGCAUGAAGGAAUGAUACAAAGAUCAUGUCAAUGGUACUUGUAAUAUAUUCAAAUCUGUAGAGGCAUGGAAGGAAGACAUUGUCAUCGAAUGAAUUUUUGUAUAAAGUAAACAAAAGAUGGGUGCGAUUUUGCUUUCUCAUAUUCAAUCAUCUUCUACUGGAA